AAACUAAAGCCAAGAAGGAUAUAAUAAGGGCUUCCUUAAUUUCUUGGUCGUUCUAAGUUCUUUGCCUUAUUUUUACUUUUUCUCACAGACUACUUCCAAUGGAUCCUAUUAUCAUGCCCAAUAUAAAGAGAAGCAACUUCCCUAGAAACUUUGUUGUUGGUUGUGCAUCAUCUGCUUAUCAAUACGAAGGUGCUGCUUUUAAGUAUGGGAGAGGACCAAGUAUUUGGGAUACGUACACUCAUCAACACCCAGAGAGAAUUGAUGAUGGCAGUAAUGCUGAUGUAGCUGUUGAUCAAUAUCAUCGCUAUCGGGAAGAUGUUGGCAUUAUUAAGGGUAUAGGUUUUGAUGCCUACAGAUUCUCAAUUUCCUGGUCCAGAGUCUUGCCAUCGGGAAAGCUUUCUGGAGGUGUGAAUCAAGAAGGAAUUGACUACUACAAUAGACUCAUCGAUGAGCUCAUUUCAAAAGGCAUCAAACCAUAUGUGACACUUUUCCAUUGGGAUGUUCCCCAGGCUUUAGAAUAUAUAUAUCAAGGCUUCUUGGGUCAACAAAUUAUAGAUGAUUAUCGAGAUUUUGCUGACCUUUGCUUCAAAGAGUUUGGAGAUAGAGUGAAACAUUGGAUCACUUUUAACGAACAAUAUAUCUUUGCCGCAUAUGGCUAUGCAACUGGACUAUUUGCACCAGGCAGAGGAUCUUCGCAACAGGUUGAUUGUUUCGAUGGAGAUACUGGAACUAAAAAAUCAAACCAUAUUGGUCUUUUACCACGUAGAGGCUGUAUUUUGAAACCGUUACAUAGUCUCGGUGGAGACCCUGGAACUGAACCAUAUAUUGUUGGUCAUCACCAAAUUCUCGCACAUGCUAAGGCGGUUAAACUUUACAAGUCUAAAUAUAAACAUCAAAAUGGUCAAAUUGGGGUGACAUUGAAUACGGAUUGGUAUGUCCCAUAUUCAAAUAGUUUGGAAGACAAAAAAGCUACAUCUCGAGCUCUUGAUUUUUCUCUUGGUUGGUUUUUGCAUCCUUUGGUGUAUGGAGAUUAUCCAGCCAGCAUGAGACAUCUUGUGAACAAGAGAUUGCCUAAAUUCAAAGAUGAUGAAAUUCUUUUGGUGAAAGGGUCUUAUGAUUUUAUUGGAAUAAAUUACUAUACAGCUAAUUAUGCAAAGAAUAAUCCCAAUGUUGAUCCUCACAAACCAAGUCUAGUGACUGAUCCCCAUGCUGAUGUUUCAACUGAUCGAGAUGGAGUUCCAAUUGGUCCGAAGGUGAGUAAAGAUUCUUGGCUUGCAGUUUAUCCACAAGGAUUGAAAGAUCUUAUGAUACAUAUAAAGAACCAUUACAGAGAUCCACACAUCCUCAUUACAGAAAAUGGAUUUUUCGACUAUAAUUGUUCCAACAUCGAGAAAUUAAUCAAGGAUGAAGGCAGAGUUAAAUACCACCAACAACAUCUCACUAAACUUCACGAGUCAAUAAAGGCUGGAGUAAAUAUAAAAGGAUAUUUUGCAUGGACAUUAUUGGACGAUUUUGAAUGGUCGAGAGGAUAUACUAUGAGGUUUGGUAUAACCUACAUUGAUUUCAAACACAAAACUUUGGAACGAAUCCCAAAAUAUUGCAAGGUGGUUCAACCAUUUCCUACGCACUUGAAGAUAUUCACAACCAACCCCUCGAAGCUAUUUGCUAAACCCAUUAUAGUAAAGAUCCCCUCAAAGCUAUUUGCUAUGGCAUUAUAAUAAGGAAUUGCAAUAAAGCUUCUCAAAGCUAUUUGCUACUAAGGCAUUAUAAUAGGCAUUGUAAUAAUAAAGCUUAGCUUCUCAAAGCUAUUUGCUACUAAGGCAUUGUAAUAAUAAAGCUUCUCAAAGCUAUUUGC